CUUAUCGCGCGAUAAAGUCAUGAAAAUUUUUGUAGGUGGAUGGCCCUUGAGAGCCACCGUACCGAUGGGAACUUGCUCGCUCGCAGGUCAAAGAAAGUAGGCAAUUUUCUGAUAAAUUCACUUAAAAUUUUCGAAAUCUCGGUUUAUCCUGAGAGGGUGAGUACGGCAUUUUCUGUUAUUCUUUUCCUCUUUUCCCUAAUCAUAGCCUAGUCCAGUGUAUAAAGGACUUUGUCGGCACAUUUGAAGAAAUGGGGUGAGUGAGAAGAAAAAAAGACUGGGCCGGGCAAUGUUCCUGGACUCGCUAUGAAGUCUGGGACAGUAUUUGUGAAAAGAGGGGUUUGCCAAGUGAGUCUGCGAAGUGAACGUACCCAAUGUUUUUGUAACAAAAUCGAGGUUUUUGUUGUUUAUAACUUAUCGUACGUACAGUAGAAUGGAAGAAACACAUCAAAGUUCCACUGAUCAUCGAGGGCUUAAACUUCAAAAUAUUAUCCAGAAAUUGUCUGAACACUGUGACAUAAAAUAUCCACAAGAAAUGGAUGUUAAAGACUUUGAUCCCCUUAAAAAAGAUACUAUAAACAAGAGAGAAAAACAAGAAAGUGUCAAAACCACUUUGAAUGGAACUGGCAACUAUACAUUAGAUAAGGACAUAAAUGAACAAAGUAAUGACUCUAAGCCAAAAAAUAGUACUACAGAAUCUGAGCAGCAUGAAGGGAAUACCUUUAAGAGUUGUACACCACCACGUGAGAGAACCAGUGCACGCAUAAGAAAUUUAAAAUCUAAGAAGGUGGUUUAUGAAGAAGAAGAGUGGGUUGACCCUGAUCAUAUUAGACUAUCGGGGCAAAAAAUACCUGUACAGUCCAACAACAAUUCAGCUCAUGAAGAAGUCAUCAAGACUGUUACAAGAAAGAGAAAGCGGAAAGAAGAGAAAAAUUUUCAGAGUAUGGAGGAUUACGUUAAUGGAUCACCGUUGAUUCAAGUUGGUAAUUUAGUGGGACUGCGUCAAUGUCGUCUGUGUGCUGUAAUGUUUGUGGAAAAAGAUCAGCUGAUCAAUCAUAUGAAGGCCGUACAUCAUUUAGAUGAUAAAAUAAACAUCUCUAAAGAAGGUGCCACAGAUGUUCCACAAAGUGACAACAAAACAAUUGAUGAGAAACCUUUUAAAUGCUCUCAGUGUGAAUCAUCAUUCAGAAAAAGUAGUGGCUUAAAGCAACAUGUCACAAGACAACAUUCCCAGAAUGCACCACAGAAGAUACCUCCAGCUCUGUCUAACCAGGUGUCCACAAAGAAGAGCAGCACUGCAAGUGACAGGCCUUAUGCAUGUCAGGUAUGCGGUAAAGCGUUCAAACGAAAGCACCAUUUACAAGAGCACAGCUAUAUUCAUUCCGACGAAAAACCUUACAAAUGUGACACUUGCAACAAAACAUUUAACCAGAGAAUUUGCCUGACAAAACAUCUUCCAUGUAGAGAACUCGAAAAACAACAAAAGAAACCAAGCUGCAGUAACACUGGAGACAGCAACACAGGAAAUGUGGUAACACAACAACACCCUGACGAAACAGAAUUACUUUUAAAUGAAGUGGCUAAAAGUGCAAGCAACCUCACUGCCAAUGCUGUUUUAUUGUCAAGCAACAGUUCACACGUCGAGUCUCCAGAAGGUUUACAUCAUGUAAAUGGCAAAGAGCGUGACAGUGGCACACAUUUGGUUCAUAAAAAUGGUGGAACCUUGCGUGAGAAUCCAGUGUCACACGACACUGCAAGACCUUUGAUUGGUCACGCUGGUAACGGUGUACAUUCUCAAGAGAUUGUCAAAGAUAAAAAAGAAGUCAUUGGCUCAUCUCCAAGUAUGUUUGCUGAAAGUGCAGUAACAGCAAACGAUCGAUCUUGCUUAGUCAAGGAGCCAACACACUUAUCACAGCAAGGAACUUAAAAGUACUCUUCGUCUAUCUCUCUGACAUUGGUUUGCACCAGUCCUGUAACCAUCUGAACAUGCUUGUAACCAGCCAAUAUGAUAACCCCCGCGCUGUUCGAAUCAAGAUGAGAUAUCAAGUGAAAGGCUUUAUCACAUAUGUUAUGCUUUUUCUCAAUCAAAUUAUCAAAUGUCCAUGUUUUACUAUCAUCAAAUUUGUUAUAAUCUCAAAACUUGAUUAUUUUUUUCGUUAUCAUUUUCAGUUUCCAUGGCUUGUACAAUAUCUACAUUUAUAGACUCUCUCUUGCUCUAACUUGACUUGCAACCGUUUCAAAUGAUUCGCUUUUCAGUACCUUAUUACGCACGUUCGUUUUAUUCCAUCUGCGUGAAUGUGGUUUUUUUUAUCGGGGGGGGGGGGGGAGGUAAAUUUAUCCACCGAAUCCUUCAGUCAAUUCAGUAAUCAUGUGAAUUAUUACAGGUUUGAGAUCAUUUCCAUAAUCGUAAUUUAUGGAAAAUGGAAGCAAUUGAGUUUCAUUACCUAUCAUCCAACCACACACAUAUGAAAGGUUUUUCAAAGUAAUCAUCACUGCUGGCAUGAAAGAUUAUGCUCUGGAAUCAGGGAAACAGUUCAUGUACUCGAUGAGUUAUCGCAUUAUGUCCGGAGAUAUUCAGACAGACAAUGAUUGGCGAAAUAAUCAGCAGAUGAGAGGUUGUAUUCCCACUGUUUUUGCCAGCCGUAAUCAUCAAUUAAUAAAUUGUAUGUAACAACAA